AUGGCUCCCGGUAUCAUCGAGAUCGGCUCGACACAAGCGUUCGACCAGAUCGCCAAGUCGCUGCCCGCUUCCCAGCUGCUCGUUGUCGACUUCCAUGCCGUUUGGUGCGGUCCCUGCCAUGCCAUCGCUCCCGUUCUCGCACAGCUCGCGCAGAAGUACCCCCACGUCAAGUUUGUCAAGAUCGAUGUCGAUGCUCAGGCAGAGCUUGCACGCCGCUUCCAGAUCUCGGCCAUGCCGACCUUCAAGUUCCUGAAGGGCGGACAGGUCAUUGACGAGCUCCGCGGUGCGAGCCCACCGCAGCUGCAGCAGCUCGUGCAGCGGCACGCGGGCCCUGUGCAGUCGGCAGCGCCCAAGACGAGUGGAUCUUCUGCCCAGGCCGCGGCUCCCCCCGCGCCUGCUGAGGGCUCGCUGAUGACGCACGUCUCGUCGACGGGGCUCAGUUGCCUGGGCGAGUCAAAGGACCACCCUUUGUCGUCGAUCGUGGGCCCCAACGCCGGGCCCAAGGGGCGCAGCUACCUUGAGUCGGAUGUCGACCCCGAGCUCCUCAUCUCCGUCCAGUUCAACGAGGCUGUCAAGAUCAAGGCGCUGUCCAUCUUCUCGGUCGUAUCGCCCGCGCAGGCUCCCAAGACCAUCCGCCUCUACGUCAAUCAGAACCACAUGGACUUUGGCGACGCAGACUCGCACGAGCCCGCGCAGGAGCUGACUCUGACGCCCGAGGACAUCCGGGGGAACAAGGUCGAGCUGCGCUUUGUGCGCUUCCAGAAGGUGCACAGCCUGCACAUCCUUGUCAAGGACAACCAGGAGGACGACGAGACGACGCGCAUCGACUCGCUCGACCUGUUUGGCCAGCUCGCGUAG